GUGUGGCCAUGACCUGUGCGUGACUUGCAUAUAAAACGUUCUUGCUACCUGCGCUGGGUGACCAGUGGGUGAGAUUACCUGCAGACGAAGAUGAUAGUCGCCUUGUUGCUGGUCGUUUUGGCGUUGUUCUCACUGUGGUGGUUGUCAACACGACGCCCGGCAGGAGCACCUCCAGGACCUGGCUUUGCUCUUCCGGUGCUGGGUCAUCUGCUUCUUGUGAAGUCAGAUCCUCGGAAGAAGUUUGCAACAUGGCGGCGACAGUACGGUGAUGUGUUCAGUCUGUACCUGGGCAGCCAGCUGGUGGUGGUGCUCAACGGCUACAAGGUCAUCAAGGACGCCCUGGUCAAACACGCCGACGCCUUCUCAGACAGGUCGCCCAUCCAUAUCCUGGGAAGCGUUCAAAGUAAAGGUAUCAUCGAAUCAUCGGGUCCUGUCUGGAAAGCUCAGCGGAAGGCGUCCCUCGAGAUCUUGAGAGAAUUUGGCAUGGGUAAGAAUAUCCUGGCUGAAAAGAUCCAAGAAGAGGUCGGGGAGUAUAUCAAGGCUCUUGCCGAGAAGAAAGGUCAACCCCAGGACCUGGCCCAAAUGACCCAGGUCAGCGUGUCUAACAACAUUUGUUACAUUGUCUUUGGCAAGCGCUUUGAGUACGAAGACCCUGUCUUCAGGCGACACAUUCGAACUAUCGAUGAGAAUGUUCAGGGAAUAGGUUCUGCGAACCUUGCACAGACACUCCCAUUUUUACGAUUUCUUCCUGGGGAUCUUUUUGGAAUUCAGAAAUUGUUCAAAAAUACGGUGACGAUUUUAGAAACUUUCACAAAGCCUUACAUCGACCAUCACGCCAAGAAUACCGAGAGUUCUGUGGACAACUUCAUCAGCGCUUAUCUCAGAGAAAUAGAAAAACAACAGAAGAAACCAACGCCUUCCCUUAUAAAUGAGAUCGACUUGCAGAAAAUAGUUUUGGACUUGUUCGCUGCGGGAACAGAAACAACAUCGACAUCCAUCCGCUGGACCAUCGCCUACUUCCUUCACCACCCUGACGUGCAGGACAAGUGUUACGAGGAGAUCCAGAGAGUCAUCGGGACUGAGCGAGCGCCCACCAUCCGCGACAGGACCCAGCUGGUCUACCUGGAGGCCACCAUCUCCGAAGUCUUGCGAUACGCUGAUAUAGUACCUUUCAGCUUACCCCAUUCCACGGCCUACGACGUGGACUUCAAAGGCUACACCAUUCCCAAAGAUACUCAGGUCCUCGUGAAUCUGAAUUCUGUGCUGCGCGCGCCGGAGGUCUGGGGCGACCCCGACAAGUUCCGUCCUGAAAGGUUUAUCGGGGAAGAUGGCAAACUACUGAGAUUUGAGGAACUAAUUCCAUUUUCCAUUGGACGACGAGUGUGUCUGGGUGAAGCGCUGGCGAGGAUGGAGCUGUUCCUGUACCUGGCCGCCAUGAUACAGCGCUUCCGCUUCCUGCCACCUGCAACUGGAGAGCUGCCAUCUUUGCAAGGAACUCUGGGCGUUGUGGAUGUUCCAGACCACUAUUUCGUGCGUGCCAUUGCGAGAGAGUGAUAGCUUGAGGAAGCAGACAUAGCCAACAAGUGCACUGCUUCUUACGAUACCACAUCAACUGAUAAAGACAGACAAAAAUGAGCGUGCAGGCAAGAGGGAAAGAGAGAAAGCUCCUCGAGUGUAGUUAAAGCCCUCUGCGUCAUACAUUAAUAAAUAAUCUUUGUAUGUGUUGUGGUGAAGUCGAGUGUGUGUGUGUGCCUGAGAAGCGAUUUUACGGCGUUCAUGAGUCGGUUGUUCACUGUUUAUGGUUGUGUUGACGUCAGAAGCACUGCAAUGCUAGGAGAAAUAUACGUGUACCCCGACUCUAUACCCACUUUCUAAAGGCCACACCAGCCACUGAAAACAAAUUAAACAAUUAAACUUUUAAUUCUUCCCGUUUACAUUUAAGUUGCUUCUUUUUCUCAUAUCUCAAGUAAACUUUCAGGUCGUUUUUUUUAAAAAAAGCUUUAUGUGAUGUUUUGCACUUAAUCUGGUACUAACAUUUACGGAAGUAUGGAAAAUCAAAAUUCUUUUCUCAUAAAAACGUUUUUCUUUAAAAUCAGUGAGGCAGGCGUCGAAAAAACUGCAAAAGCACUAAUGCAAGUAUACAAAGACUGGACAUACAGGGCUUCAUGUCAAAACAAGGAAAAACAAAAAUAAAAAAAUACAGGUAGUACUUUCAGGUUCACAAAAAACAAAAACAAAAA